AACUGCCAACAUUCUUUUUCCACCACGCAGAAUGACCUACCACCAGAAAUGUCUAUUCCUUUACCGCUUACUACUCUCUCUCAGCUUCCUCUCUCUUUCGUUUUCCGACGACGCCACAGUCAUGUCCAAGCUCUUCGCCGGCAUAUCACAGCCGCCCUCCGGAUGGUCCAUCUCCAAAGACCACUGUACAUGGAAAAAUGUUCAAUGCGAUAAGUCCACCGGCAGCGUAGUCUCCAUCAACCUCGACUACCAGUCCAUUUCCGGCACACUCCCUUCGGAGCUCACACAGCUCGCGUCCCUUCGAUCACUUUCUCUCCGGGGUAACUUCCUCUCUGGGUCUUUGCCGUCUUUCGCAAACAUGUCCAACCUUGAAGAACUCUACUUAGACAACAACAAAUUCAGCUCAAUCCCCAGUGGUUUCCUCUUGGGUGUUCCUAAUUUACAGACUUUCAACAUUUCUGAGAAUGGAAAUCUCGGCCCAUGGCAGAUUCCAAGUUAUUUGAUUGAAAGCACAAACUUGAAUGUUUUCCAUGCGAGCAACGCCAGUAUCACGGGAGCCAUUCCGAAUUUCUUCGAUUCUUUCCCGACUCUUCAGAACCUGAGAUUAUCCUACAAUAACCUCACAGGACCUCUUCCCUGGUCGAUUGGGAGGUCCAAGAUACAGAAUUUUUGGCUAGAUAACCAAUUUCAGGGGCUCUCCGGGACUAUUGAUGUGAUUUCCUCAAUGACCCGGCUCUCCCAAGUAUGGCUUCAAGCGAAUGCCUUCACAGGUCCAAUCCCUGACCUUUCCAAAUGCGUAAAUCUAUUCGAUUUGCAGCUCGGAGACAACCAACUUACCGGGGUUGUACCAGUUUCAUUAACUGGUCUUCCAAAUUUGGAGAACAUUAGGCUUCAGAACAACAAAUUGCUGGGUCCUAUGCCUCUGUUUGGCAAUAAGGUGAAGGUCAUUCUUGGGGAUACUAAUAGUUUCUGUAAGGAUACACCUGGGCCUUGUGAUCCACAGGUCACUGCGCUUCUUGCCUUUGCUGGUGGUCUUGGAUAUCCAAUCACGCUUGCCCAAUCUUGGAAAGGGAAUGAUGCAUGCCAGAACUGGGCAUUUAUCACUUGUGAUCCGCAGGGGAAGAAUGUGACUACUGUGAAUCUUGGAAAUCAGCGUUUCUCAGGUACUAUUUCACCAGCUUUUUCUCAAUUGACUUCAUUGAGGAACCUGUAUUUGAAUGAUAAUAAUCUUACCGGUCCAAUUCCGGUGAGCUUGACUACUUUGCCUCAUCUUCAAGUCCUUGACGUUUCUAAUAACAAUUUGUCUCCCCCUCUACCCUCCUUUCCACCUGCUGUAAACAUUUCUUUUGGCGGUAAUUUAUUACUUGAAAAGACUGUGGCUACCGGUAGAGGAUCACCAGGUUCAGGUCAGACUGAAAAUGGGUCCUCCAUGUCAGCCAGAAUGUUUGUUGUUGUGGUUAUAGUUGUUGUUAUUGUUGUUCUAGUUGUGCUGUUUGUGUUUUACAAGUGUUACAUGAAGCGGGAGCAUAAGAGAUUUGGAAGGGCUAAGAGUCCUGAGAAGAUCAAGAGCACUCAGAUGUUGAAGACUAAUGAAAUAAUGGGCACUGCUAUUAAAAUCCAAGUUCUUGAAAAAGCCACAAACUUUUUCAGUGAAGAGAGCGUGUUGGGGAGUGGAGGAUACGGAGUGGUUUACCUAGGUAAACUAGACAAUGGAACAAAGGUUGCCGUGAAGAAGAUGAAGGAUGGGGCAACGCAUACUAAAGGAAUGAAUGAGUUUCAAGCAGAAAUUGCAUUUCUAAGUAAAGUUCGGCAUAAGAAUUUGGUUGCACUGGUCGGUUAUUGUAUCAAUGACCACAAGAUGCUAUUGGUGUACGAGUAUAUGUCACAUGGUACAUUGGGUCAUCAUUUAUUUGAAUGGAAGAAGCAUGGCUUUGAUCCUCUAACAUGGAAGCAAAGGGUGACAAUUGCGUGGGACGUGGCUAGAGGAAUUGAGUAUCUUCAUAGCUUGACUCAUCAAAGUUUCAUUCAUAGAGACAUAAAGUCCUCAAAUAUUCUUCUUAAUGAUGACAUAAGGGCUAAGGUUGCAGAUUUUGGAUUGGUCAAAAAAGCUCCGGAUGAUAAAUCUUUCGUUGAGACACGAGUUGCUGGGACAUUUGGUUAUCUUGCACCAGAGUAUGCUACAACAGGGCGAGUAACAAAAAAAGUAGAUGUUUAUGCAUUCGGAGUUGUUUUAAUGGAGAUAAUCACCGGUAAAAAGGCAGUAGAUGAGACUUUACCUGAUGAGACGUGUCAUUUAGUCACAUGGUUUCACAAGAUUAUUAGAAAAAGUCACAACCUUCAGAAGGCUAUUGACCCAACUCUUGAUCCUGAUGAACAAACAUUUGAAAGCAUUUCUAAGGUUGCAGAGUUGGCAGCUCACUGCACUACUAAUAAAUAUUAUCGUCGACCAAACAUGGAACAUGUUGUUAAUGUUCUUGGUCCCUUUGCACAUAAUUGGAGGUCAUUGAGACCGGAAGAAAUAGUUGAAAAGUUUGGUGGUUUUGACCUCAACAUGAGCCUUCCUCUUGUGUUUGAUGAUUCAUCUAUUGAAAGUUUGUCAUUCACAAAUGCUCAACACCGCCUCAAUCAGAGUGCACAAUUUUAAUUUUUAAGAUCAUUAUAUUUUUAUACAUUAAUAUUUGUAGUAUGUUAUUCUCCGUAGUAUUUUAUGUACUAUGACCUUGAUUAUGAUAUAUAAUAGAUAAUGUAGUGUUUGCCUAUGUGUAGUUGGUUGAGUCUAUUUCGUAUUUGUUGUUGUGGUUAUAUAUUAACUUAUUACCUCAAGUUUAGUAGGUUGUUAGCUUCACCUUUGUAGUAUAAAUACUUUCAUUGUGUAAUGUAAAUUCAUCAAUUCUUCACCUCUC